CACGUUGAUUCUCAACAGCUGUUUAGCUGUCAAGUAACAUCAAGUUUACGUGGACCUUUGACAACACCUAGGAUAUAAAUUUUCCCUGGUCAUUUCCAAGUUCUAGUUUUAAAUUUUAAAAUUAUAUUAAAUUAGAGUAAAAUGAUUCAAGUUACAGAUCUACAAAAAAUUGGCAUUGGCCUCGCAUGUUUUGGGGUAUCGUUUCUUUUUCUAGGAGUGAUGUUUUUGUUCGACAAAGGACUACUAGCAAUUGGCAAUAUACUCUUUUUGAGCGGCUUGGGAUGUGUGAUUGGAGUUGAAAGAACGUUUAGAUUUUUCUUUCAAAAACAUAAACUUAAAGGAAGUCUUUCGUUUUUUGGUGGUAUAACUGUUGUGUUAUUGGGUUUUCCAAUUAUUGGAAUGAUUAUUGAAUCCUAUGGAUUCUUUGUCUUAUUCAGUGGAUUCUUCCCAGUAGCAGUCAAUUUUCUCGGAAGAGUCCCAGUUCUGGGAAGUAUUCUUAGUACACCAUUCAUCAACAAGAUUGUUCAAAAAAUUGGAGGCGAUUCAAAUCGAACGACGGUAUAGUAGAUGGAAUUUUUAAAUACAAUUCUUCAGAUCAAACGAUUUUUUUAAUUUACAUCAAAUUUUUGUAGUAAGUGAGUAAUGCCGUGUGUGUUUCUGUGUUCGCGUUCGCUUAUCAGUUGAUUUAAUUUCAUUUAUAACUCGAAGUUGCAAAGGCCCACAAGACAGCGCAAAACAUGGAAGAUAGUUUUUUUUUUUUU